AUGUCGUGGGCAGGCUUCAAGAAAAAUGUCAACCGUGCGACGACGCAGGUGAUGAUGAAGACAGGUCAUGUCGAGAAAACGAACGACCGCGACUACGAGGUUGAGGAGAGGCGGUUCAGGACCAUGGAGGCGGCGUCACUGCGGCUGCAGAAGGAGGCGAAGGGAUACCUCGAUUCUCUACGAGCGAUGACGGCCUCACAAAUGCGGAUUGCCGAGACGAUUGACGCUUUCUACGGCGACGCCGGGGCUAAGGACGGCGUCAGCAGGAGCUACAAGCAGGCCGUCGAAGACCUCGACGCGGAAACGAUCAAGGCCUUGGACGGGCCGUACCGGACGACGGUGCUGGAGCCCAUUACGCGCUUCUGUGCCUACUUUCCUGACGUGAAUGAGUGUAUCAAGAAACGCAGUCAUAAACUGCUCGACUACGACGCCCUGCGCGCCAAGGUCAAGAAGCUCGUCGAGAAGCCCGACAAGGACGUGACCAAGCUCCCGCGGGCUGAGAAGGAUAUGGACAUGGCCAAGGCAGCGUACGAACAGCUCAACGAACAAUUGUGCACGGAGCUGCCGCAGCUCAUUGACCUCCGCGUACCCUACCUCGACCCGUCGUUCGAGGCGCUCGUCAAGAUCCAGCUGCGCUUCUGCGCCGAGGCGUACAGCAGGAUGGCGCAGGUGCAGCAAUACCUCGACGCCGACACGCGGGAGCAGUACGCCCAGGGCCAACUGGACAGCAGGGUCGAGCAGGUGCUGCAGGAGAUAAGAGAACUGAGCAUCAGCGGGACCGUCUGA